AUCGAAGGCGCUUAACUAGUCACCCUUCUUUGACCCCUGCAUUGCGCAGUUUGCUGGAGCUAGUCAACGCUUGACGGGGCGGAGUCUACCCUCUCGGCGAUAAUUAAAGUCGAGCACAAGGCAAAUUGACUUCAGUCUUCACUCUGCGAUUUGAAAAUCAUGAAGUUAUUUUUCGAGGCUGCUGUGGCUUUGUUUCUUGUGCUUUCUCCCCUGGCAUCAGAUGCAUGCCGUGGUGGUCGAGGAGGCGGAGGUCCACCCCCAGACACGCAACCACCGGAACUGGUCGACGGAACUUGUCCUUCCUCGCAGACUUUACAUCCAGAUGCUUUGUCACCGGGCAAGAUUUUCCGAUGGGUUGAACCAAGAGCAAGCGACAGAAGCGCGCCGGUCACUGUGAGGAGGGAAGACAGUGGGCCGGACAAUGGCGGCUUCUUCACUAGUGGUCGACACACCAUUAAAUAUUCUGCCACAGAUUCAAAAGGGAACAAGCGUUGUCCACUCUGCUCUUUUGUCAUCACUGUGAGGAUAAAGAGAUGUGGCUCCCACUCUCCUGUCCCUCAAGGCUCAGUCUCCUGUACCUAUGGCGACCAGUUCGGCUCCACAUGUCGUAUCAGCUGCUUGCAAGGCUACUCUCUUAGAGGGUCAUCCAGUCGAACUUGUCAGAGUAAUGAAAGGUGGUCUGGCACUGAACCGAGAUGUGAACCAAUCCAGUGCCCGAGCUUAUCUGGUACAUCCUGCACCCACUCCAACCGCUACAACAGCAUCUGUACCCACACAUGCAGUCAAUCGGGCUACGGCCUUGGCCCAGGUCAAAGUGGGACCAGGGUCUGUACAGCGGACGGCACUUGGACAGGAUCAGUCCCAACUUGUGUAGAUAAGCAAAAUCCGACGCUGACGUGCCCAGAGACCAUCCGGGCUUUCGCCAGUGCCUCACAGACCUCCGCUGUUGUCACCUGGAACCCACCGGAAGUCAGCGACAACUCUGGAAGCGAACUCGAGGCUGAGCAGACAGCAGGCCUACCGUCUGGCUCAUCGUUUGGCAGAGGCUCGCAUGCCAUUAGUUACCGGGCCCAAGACAGUGCUGGAAAUGCAGCAACAUGUUCAUUCUCUGUCAUUGUCCAAGUGAUCCAGUGUCCAGCUCUCCCAUUCCAAUCUGGUCAGAGGAGGGCGUGCUCAUCCCUGUUCAUCUAUGGCUCAGUCUGCCAGUUUGAGUGUCUGCCGGGCUUUUCUUUGACCACGAAUUAUGUCAGCAUUGAAUGCCAGCAACAAGGGGACACUGGAGAAUGGAGUGAAGAUCAACCAACCUGUGAAGCCGUAACAUGCCCUCUGCUGACUGCUCCGGAAAAUGGUGGAAUCGUGGGAGACACCCCGUGCUCGAUGGACUAUGGCUCUUGGUGUCGGUUUGAGUGUAAUGACGGCUAUCAGCUCGCAGGGAGUGGAGUCCGUCGCUGUCUGGCAGAACCUGGACAAGCUGAUGGAUCCUGGGAUGGCUAUGAAGCUCGCUGUGAAGAGCAAACCUGUCCGAGAGUCUACGUCCCUCACAAUGCCUACAUCACCAACCAGGAUGAAUGCCCAGCCACUGACCAGAUCCCAGCAGGGACCACCUGCCGUUUUGCCUGCCGACCAGGCAACGUGCUGACUGGGUCUAUGGAGGUCUCUUGCGGAACGGAUGGAAACUGGAAUACCACCUUCCCAUACUGUGAAGUUAUCACCUGUGACAGCAGUGAGUUGCCUGCACCACAGAACGGAAUCAAAAAUGGCUGCCCCCAUGCUGAGGAAAUCUACGGCACUGUGUGUACUCUGAUUUGUAACCUGGGUUUCAUGCCAACCCAGCCCACUUAUGUAACGUGCGGUGAUAACGGGAAUGGAGUUGGCACGUGGGAUGGAAACACUAUCACGUGUGAAGCGGUCAAAUGUGAUCCUCUGGAUGUCCCCGGUACUCCAGGCUACAUGCCACUGUCAUGCACGCUGGACGGAGUGACAGUGAGUGACACAGACCAGAUGCAGAGUUACGGCACCAUCUGCGUGGCGUUAUGUGACCUGGGAUUCACCAGUAGUGGCUCAGGGAGUCGUACUUGUCAGUUGAACGGCCAGUGGGACGGUGUUCCACUGCAAUGUACAGAUAUUACCCCGCCCACUGUGAUGUGCCCACCAGACAUUACAUUGUUUGCAGGGCAGGGGACCAGCUUUGCAGUUGUUGGCUAUGAGUGGGAACCUAUCCAGGCCAUGGACGCCAGUGGUAACCUCACUGCCAGACUGAGUACCAUCAAUGGACAGCCAGCGCCGGCCAAUAGGAGCUCUGUAUUCUAUGAAGGGACCUAUCAGCUGGUCUAUACUGCCGAGGAUAGCAGCAGUAACACGGCAUCCUGUGACGUCAGUGUGAACGUCCUAGUCGCCCGUUGCCCACCGUUGUACGCUCCCCAGAACAGUGAGACCAGUCUGGUGUCUGGCCAAGGGACAUGUCAAAACUCUGCCGUAUAUGGCUCUGUGUGCAGCAUAAGCUGUGAUGUAGGUCACACACUGUCAGAUGGUAGCCAAGAAGUCACUGUUGAAUGUGUCAAGAACACAGCUUCAUCAACAGUUGGUUACUGGCAGGGCUCCGCAGUAGAGUGUGACCCCAACAUGUGCCAAGUACCAGCCAUCCCCAACGGCUACAUUUCAGGCUGCAGUGACCAGGAAGUGGAGUAUCAGUCAUCUUGCACAUUUGUGUGUAAUCCUGGUUACCGUAGUAACCAUACGUCCCAGACUACCAGGACGUGUCAGGCUGAUGGUACUUGGACAGGCGUACAACUUGUUUGUGAAGCUGUUGUGUGUCCCACCUUACCAAGCCUGGACCAUGGUACAGUCCAACCCAGUGAAUGCUUCACCCAGCAUGAGCUUCCAUACAACACCCAGUGUAUAUUCACCUGCAAUGAAGGCUUCUCUCUCAAUGGUCCCUACAGCAAGGUUUGCACUGCCCAGGGAGUGUGGAGUGAUGCACGCCCAGUCUCCUGCUCAGAUUACCAGCCGCCAGCAUUCAUAGGAAUCUGUCCUAUGUACAUCUCCAAAAUUGCACCAGCCAACAUGAGACAGACCGUUGUCACAUUCCCCACACCUAAUGCCACAGAUAACUCGGGUGAUGGUGUGACAGUGACCAGUCAAGACCCAAGCCUUGGCUCAGGUUCAUCCUUCACCGAGGGUACAACCCGCGUGGUGUACAUUGCUACUGAUGCUGCAUUGAACAGAAGGCAAUGUGAUGUGUAUGUCACUGUGCAAGUUCUACGCUGCCGCCCACUGCAAGCCCCUGCCAGUGGGUCCUUGGUCCAGUGCCCCAGUAACAUCUACGGUGCCACCUGCAGCUUUGCUUGCAAUGAAGGCUAUGACCUGAUUGGGACGAGCAAUAGAACUUGCGAGAGAGUCAACAACAACUGGGCCAUUCAGAUGAGCGGCAGCGACAACUUCCAGGUGGAGUGGACGGGGGAAAGCCCGACAUGUUCACCCGUCACCUGUCCAGCCCUGGAUGACCGGCUCCCUGCUAUACGCUCAGGUUGCUUUCACUACCCACCAGCCACUGAACUGCUGGGAACCACCUGCAACUGGUACUGUCCGUAUGGCUACGGUGGAGUUGGUUCCUCACGAUCCAUGUGCCUGGCCAACAGCACAUGGGAUGUGGUUGACUUCUCUUGUGAAGUGGGUAGCUGUCAACCCCUUGUCCCACCAGCUGGUAUGGAGAUAUCUCCAUCCAACUGCCUGAACUCCCCAACGUUCAAUGACAUCUGCUUCCUGCAAUGCUCCCAGUCAGGGUACAGAGUGAACCCUCCAACCUACGACUUCAUCCGUUGCCGUGGCAACGGGGAAUGGUCACGUGACAUCUCUGCAUCCACCUGCAUUGAUUAUGAGGAUCCUUAUUUCACUUUAUGCCCGCUGGAUUUCAUCGAGUACCCAUUGCAAGGCGCAUCUGAAGCCACUGUGACAUGGAAUGUGAUGGCAACAGAUAACUCUGGAGAAACACCAUCUGUUAAUUGCAGCAUCCAACAGCCAGCAGUGCUGACUGUAGGUGAACACCUGGUCAGGUGCACGGCUACCGACGGUGCAGAGAACCAGGCAUUCUGUGACUUUGAAGUUCUGGUUAAAGUUCGCCGAUGCAGGCAGCUCAACCCUCCCUUCUACGGCGACUUUGUCACAGAAUGUGACAGCAGCCAUGGAUCUACUUGCCAAGUCCGCUGUCAGAACGGCUACACCCUGCAGGGUUCAGACACCGCUACAUGCUCCAGGAAUGCCAGCACUGGCUUGAUGUACUGGGACUGGAAUGGCCGACGCCCAACCUGUCAAAUUUCCAGCUGUCAACCUUUACCAGACGAUUUGAUCCCUGUCGGUGGGGGUGUCUAUCCCUCCUUCUGCCGUGGUCCCAUUCCUCCCUAUUACGGCACCACCUGUCAUUUCUAUUGCCGCAACGGAUUCACCCUGGUGGGCCCUGUAGACCAUCAGAGGUUGACCUGCCUCUCCGAUGGAACAUGGAACCAGAACUUGUACACACUCAAUGUGCAGUGUCAAGACAACAUGCCACCAACCCUGCGUGUCUGCCCAGGCUUCCUGUCUGGUUCCAUGUCCGGCCAGUCCCUAGGUGUUGUGCUGUCCUUCGAUGUACCCAUGGCCGUCGACAACUCAGGAGCCCCACUGACAUUGAUCAAGACUCCUCCGGACAUUGAUUCCCCGUACAAUUUCACACGGGACACCGACGUGUCAUACGUCUUCACAGACCCUGGAGGGAACAGUGUGUCGUGCAAUUUCAGUGUCAGCAUUCAAGAUAACCUCUCACCAGUCCUUGAGUUUUGCCCUCCAAAUGAGAACAUUACAGCCAAUGGGAGACUUACCACUGUGACUUGGCAAGAGCCUGUUUUCCGAGAGCUGACCGGUGAUGAACUGGACAUCAGUUGCAGUCACCAAAGUGGAUCGUCCUUCCCAUGGGGAAGUCACAACAUCCAGUGCAGUGCAACUAACCUGGACAACAGCAAGACCACAAUGUGCCAGUUUAUCGUCACAGUCGCACCCCGUCCUUGUAGUCCUCUGGACCCACCCAGAAAUGGAGCCAAGGGUUGUGAUGAGUGGGCCUUCGGACUCCACUGUGCCAUGUUUUGUAAUGCAAAUUACGACGUGCCUCCAACAACCAACCCCAGCCAUACAUUCCUAGUCUGUGGUUCCACUGGGCGGUGGGCACCAGUUCAGAGGUUCCCACGCUGUGCUCGGAGAGUGCGACCAGGACAUAUGUAUGUGCUGUCUGAUCUGCAUUACUACAGUGGUGAUUGUUCGUCACCCGACACACAAGCCCAGAUCAAAGAGCAAUUCAUCUCCAUAUUGGUCAAUGAGAGCUACUUCCAUGAGAUCUGCACUGCUUAUUCUGCCGAGUGCCACGUUGGCAAUGUGGAGGUCACCUGUGGACCCAGAAGUGGUGGGGGUGGGAUCUUUCGACGUGAUGUCAGCGCCUUGCAGGAUUCAGCGCUGGACUUCGGCUUUUUCGGGCUGGACCAGCUGAACGUCAGCACCCAAGAGCUUGCAGUGGCAGACAAGCUUUCUGAGCAUGCCCAGAAGUGGCUUUCCAACAUGCAUUCAAAAAGGAGGCCGCCGCAGAAUAGUCACGACAGCCAACGCCACUGGUUCUCCACCCCAAGGCCGAAACCCAACAGAGAUCAGACCCGCAGUCGACGGUCAACAAUGUCGCACUCCUUCCGGAUUUCGUUCAGCAUGAAUUACAUGCUGCCCUCCAAUUCCAACAUGUCAGAGGACAGUUUUGACAAUGAAUGCUGGAAUGGCUAUGAUGGAUUGUAUUUGGCAGUCGAUGAUGUACAAGCCAUGGCAGACGGCGGCAUGUUGGGGCUUGCUGUGGACGGCAUGGAGAUAGACCCACUACCUCUGUUUGUUCCCAAUGAACCAGCUCCAUCCUGUCCCCCGGGAUACAUGGAAACCUACAGCUUUUUAAGGGACAGCAUGACCUGUGUUGGCUGUCCAGCCGGUCAGUUUUUCAACAAUGACACUCUGACCUGUGAGGAGUGUCUUAUUGGUCGGUAUCAAGAUGAAGAUCUGGAGCCCCAGUUCACCUGUAAGUUCUGUCCUGUAGGAACGUCGACUGUUGGCGUUGGGUCCGCCAAUCUGACAGACUGCCUGGGCAUUUGUCCCAGUGGUCACUUUUCUGACACCGGUCUCGAGCCAUGUUCCAAGUGUGAGAAAGGAUCCUACCAGUCUGAGGCUAGGUCGCUGUCCUGUCUCCCAUGUCCAGUCGGUCAGUCUACAGCCAGCAUUGGAUCCACGGACAUAGAGGACUGUUCAGAUUUGUGUCCUGCCGGGUCAUUCUCUGCGUCUGGCGUACAGCCAUGCACUCCCUGCCCAUACCAUAGCUACCAGCCUGAGCAAGGUCAGAGUUCAUGUCAGCCAUGCCCUGAUCGACACAUAACGCAGGUCACGGGAGCCACAAAUCUCAGCAUGUGCUCCAUACAAACCUUCUGCUCUGCUACUUCCUGUCUGAAUGGCGGAACCUGCAUGGAGCAACUAGAGUCCUUCCGCUGUGAAUGCCCAGCAGGUCUGACUGGAGAACACUGUCAGACUGAUGUGAUUGACUGCCAACAAGAUUCUUGUUUCAAUGGAGGGACCUGCGUGGAUGAACUUAAUGGGUUCAGCUGCACCUGUGCGGCAGGAUACCAAGGUGAUGAUUGCUCUAUCAGGAUUGAUUUCUUCUCCACAGAGGAGACAGGAUACCAAUGUGAAUGCUUUGCAGGAUUCACUGGACCUGACUGUGAGACUAAUGUGAAUGAGUGUGCCAGUGAACCGUGCUCUAACGGAGGUAUCUGCAUUGAUGGUGUCGACAGCUUUGAAUGUAUCUGUCUGGAGGGUUUUGAGGGGCCUCGCUGUGAGGGACACACGGACCUCUGCAACCCCAACCCUUGUCAUCACAACGCCGUGUGUGAGGCUGAAGGUGAGGAUUAUUACUGUGCCUGCCCUGCUGGACUGUCGGGCAGAGACUGUGAGAUCCAGGUGGAUGUCUGCUAUGAAGGAACGACUUGCCUGAAUGGUGGCAGCUGUGCACUGCCCGCUAUGGACCAACUCUGUCUCUGUGUGGAUGGAUUUGUUGGAGAGCACUGUGAGAUUGAUUUUGAUGACUGUACCUCUCUUCCCUGUGCCAACGGAGCCAUCUGCAUAGACGGGGUCAACACAUUCACCUUCGAUGGCGUACAGUCCUUCACAUGUCAGUGCCUGCCUGGCUUCUCAGGACAGAACUGUGAGAUCAACAUCAAUGAAUGUCUGAGUAACCCUUGUCACAAUAAAGGAGUCUGCAUUGAUGGGAUCAACAGGUUCAUCUGUGAGUGCAAGGGCGGUACAAAAGGUACAUUGUGCCAAAUUGACACCGGUUACUGUCAGCCCAAUCCCUGCAGGCAUGGUGGGUCUUGUAACUUGACUGCCAAUGGCUUUGAUUGUCAGUGUCAGGCUGGGUUUGAAGGAAUACUGUGCCAGACUAAUAUUGAUGAUUGCGUUAACCAUCAGUGUCUGAAUGGAGCGAGCUGUGUUGAUCAGGCCAACCGUUAUUCCUGUCGCUGUGCUCCAGGCUACACAGGACAGUUUUGUGAGAUGGCUUUAGACAUCUGCUCAGCUGAGCCGUGCCAGAACAGUGCACAAUGUCUGCCCACUGGAAACAGCACACACCACUGCAUAUGUGAACCAGGUUUCACCGGGUUGCGAUGCGAGGCAGCUAUUGAUAACUGCACACCCAACCCUUGCCUGCACGGUGGUACAUGCGUCAAUGGGCUCAACAUGUACUCCUGUGACUGUCCACCAGGCUACAGUGGCCCUGAAUGUGAGCAGGAUAUCAAUGAAUGUGACAGCCACCUUUGUCAAAAUGGAGCUCAGUGCAUUGAUGGUGUCAACCAAUACCAGUGCAGAUGCAGACCAGGAUUUAUUGGCACAUAUUGCAGCCAUCAUGCACUGUCCAACUUUGACAUGGAGUUCAGUGGCAGUCGACACAUGCAAUUUGUUACUUUGAGUCACGCUGUUAACGAACCACUGGCAGCGUUCACCAUAAUGAUGUGGAUUCGCACGGCUACAGCUGAGGGAGUCAUCCUAGCGUAUACAACCCAGAGCUCGGGACAGACACUGGACAAUGCAGAGUUUGCUAUCAGCAAUCCUGGGGCAUUGCAAGUCUACAUUCAAGGGUACCAGUUUUCCUCCUCCAUCUCUGUGAAUGACGACCAUUGGCAUCACCUUGCCAUCUCAUGGAACGAGCACGGUGGCGUUGUCAGGGUCUACCGAGAUGGGUAUCUGUACACGAUGGGUUUCAUGAUCAGACCGGGCACUGUUAUUGACAGUGGAGGGGAGUUCAUGCUGGGUGAGCUACGUAAUGCCGCUGAUACCCAGUUGGAAUGUUUCACCGGUUCCCUGAGUAACGUGCACCUGUGGGAUGCAGUGCACACUGCCUCUGUCAUUCAACAGUACGCGCAGACCUGCGACCAGGUUGCCCCUGGCAAUGUUAUCGCCGCUGCUGACUUCAUGGACAAGGCUUCACUUGGACGAAUCCAAUUUUUUAUGCCUACAAAGUGUGACGUGGUGGACGACUGUGCCAGCAACCCUUGUGCUUCAGGCAGUACCUGCAUUGAUGAUGUCAAUCAGUUUAUCUGCCAAUGUCCCCUGGGCUUCACUGGCCAACGCUGUCAGACAAACAUUGACGAUUGUGGAACAGACUCCAGCCCUUGUGACAAUGGAGGAACCUGCGUUGAUGGGAUAGGCAAUUUCACCUGCCAGUGCUCACUGGGGUUCUCGGGACAAGCCUGUGAGCUGAGAAGAGUUGAUGGAGGCUGGAGUGAGUGGACUGAAUGGAGUGACUGCAGCCGGUCCUGUGAAGGUGGUACCCAGACCCGUCGCCGGUCCUGCACCAACCCCCGCCCAGCCUAUGGCGGUAGCACCUGUGAUGGUCCAACCUCUGAAACCCAACAGUGCAACACCGGACCAUGCCCUAGCUGUAGGCAAUUGACACGCCCCUCCAAAGGAAACCUAGUCUGCCAACUUCGAGGAGAGGAGCAGAAUUGUACCACCUCCUGCUGGCCAGGCUACGCAUUCAGCCGGGCCGUUUUACCCUUCUACCGAUGUGGCCCAUCUACCAACUACAGGUGGUCCCACGAGACACAGGACAAUCCAAGAGCGGCCCUUCCGCGGUGUACAAAGUUCAGGCCCCCUAAUAAGGUUGCCAUGCAGAUGAACCUGGCUUACUCCACUGACCUGACCUGUAAUGGGGUUGACCCUGUUAGAGAUAGCCUGGUUUAUCAGUCAGUCAGUGACAGAAUCACCUUGAACCUACAGUCUCUCAGCUGUGUGCAGGACAGCUCCUGUACUGUGAGACGUGCCCAGGUCAGUGGCUGCAGUACCCAGAAUUCAGCAGACCACACCCGCAGACGUCGCCGUCGAUCCGUUGAGCCGAUCCAAAUUACCAUGAGGCUGGAACGGGAUGUCCAUGUCCCUGACCAACAGAACCUGACCAGUGCACAAGUGUCCACCCAAAGCAGCAUGGUGGAGGCCAUCAAUGAACUGCAAGACUCAGCGCUUCGUCUGAUCAAUCAUUCUGCGUCAGGCCUGUUUGCUGUGAAAAUGGAUGCUCAGGUUUAUGACAUAGACACUGAGAGGACCCAGACCUACGGCACACAAGUCUGUCCCCAUGGCUCGGUGCGGAUUAGUUUACGGGAUGCACGAUGUGUCCCCUGUGAGCCAGGCUCUUACGACAACCAGGAGGCUUGUUAUGCCUGCCCGCAUGGCAUGUACCAGUCACAAGAGGGCAGCACCUACUGCCAAGCCUGUCCACAUGGACGUACUACCGUUGGUCCUGGUGCUACAGGGGAAGAAGACUGUGAGGUCAUCACUCUGUAGUCGCUACUUAUCAAGUUUACAAGAUCAUCUAAACUCUCAAACUUAUAUAGGAUGCUUCCAAAUAGGAAAAGUUAUAUUUACUCUGCAUUUGUUACAUUUACAAAAUUAAAUUUUCAACAUAAAUACCCAGAUAUAUGCUACCCGAGUAAUUGAUAAUUAAAUGUGCAAGAUAUGACAAAACAUGAAAUAACUGGACAUUGAUGCUCUUCAACCUAAUGAGACUUAUAACCAAGGAUGCAAUAAUGGAAAAUAAUGAUACAGACAUUGCUGUGGCCAUACCAGAACUAGAAAGAGUGCUAGAGAAAGUAUAGUAAACUAAAUGCAAAAAACUACAACAAUAGUUUCAGUCGAUGAGGGAAAGUGUGAUUAUCAGUGGGCAAUCUGCAGACUUGAGUAAAAUGGUUUGCAAAGACAGUCCUGUAUGUGCUGUCUUAAAGUGAAUGAUUCUAAUUUGAAAUAUCCAUAUGUUACCACAAAAGUGAUAUUAAUGCCUAAGUUCUUUACUGGAAGCGCAGUAGCAUCUGCAUUCAGUCUGCAUUAAAUGCUUUCAAAAAGGACGUUGAAUGUACCACUCUUUGUUGAGUUGAGCUGUGAAAACCCACGUUACUUUCACAUUGCGUAUGCAGGAAUUCUCAACAGCCAGGAAAUGAAAGUUGGCAGAAUUUGAGAACACAUUGCAAAUCAGAUGCCCUAAUUAGAAUUCCUUAAAAUAGUACAGGGUUUUGUCAUUGGGAAUCCAACACUGAAAUUAGGAAACUUUACCAACUUAGGAUUGUGCCACAUUUGUUGUUAAAUUGUAACCGUUUAUGCCAUGUUUAUCUCUCUCAUUUUAAUCAUUAACUACCUAAAAGCCAACAAAAGUUUAUUUGAAUUAUGACAUUAUUUCGAAAAGUAUUUCUCUGUGAAGCUUUUCAAGGGCAGCUUUUUAACCUAUUAUGGUCAUGUGCAGGAAAAUAUUGCUAUGUUGAACUUGUUUAACAAUAUUAGCAGCUCAUGCAUAAUAAUCAGAUGCUUGUAAUUUGUAAAAUCCGCAGCUGACUUGCCAGAACUUGCUUUUCCAUUAAUGAACCUUUUCAUUUGUUCAUUAACUGAUCAUUCCUAAUUAACUUGUUUUGUAUACACUCGGAAGAAAUUUACUUGUUCGAGUAAUGUAUGGAUAUAUGCAUCAAGUUAAAGUUUUUCAAUGAGUAGAUUACUAUUUACAUAUUCAUGCUGUUUGUAAUAAAAAAAAUAUACAUUAAAUUCUUUAUUGA